AUGACACCGCCGAAAGUAAAACCGCAAAACGGUAAACCGCGAAACAGUACAGACCGCGAAAUGCCUCACCGCGAAAUGGGUCGCCGCGAAAUGGUUUACCGCGAAAUGUCGGACAACCCAACUGCCCUUAAUAUGUUUGUAUUGCCCUCGCAGUCCAUUCGUGAGAUGCAUGUAUAUUUUCAAAACGUUAGAGGAUUACGGACGAAGGUCGACGAACUAUUUUUAGCCGUAAACGAAUGCGAGUAUGAAAUCAUCGUUCUUGUGGAAACGAAUUUCGACGAAACUGUGACGUCGGCACAAUUAUUUGGCGAAAACUACGUGGUUUACCGGAAUGAUCGUGACACAACGAACAGCAACAAAAAGUCUGGAGGUGGCGUCCUGGUUGCCGUACAUCGCAAACUCCUCUCAUCGCCAGUUAUAUGUAUCGCGGAAGAUCUAGAGCUCGUUUUGGCUCGUAUCCGAGCAGCAGAUUCGUCCUGGUUUGUCUGUGCUGGAUAUAUUCCUCCAGAACUGCGCUCCAAUGCCCCGUUCGUUCAAUAUUUCGCCAAUGCUAUCAGUGAUAGCCUCGAUUGUGCCAGUGACGGUGAUUCGAUAAUCGUUUGUGGAGAUUUCAACCAAGCUAAUCUUGUUUGGCAACCGACUGAGCAAAACCAUGUUAUCGCGGAUCCCAGCAGCGUGGGGUCAGCUAGCGCCUACCUACUAGACAACAUGGCGUCGAUGAAUCUGAAGCAGUAUAGCCGCGUGAUGAAUCCCUGGAGCAACACCCUGGAUUUGGUGUUCGCCAACGUCGACUCUUGCGUUGUCACUGAAGCUGCUGUCUCUCUGGUGAAUAUCGAUCGCCCCCACCCUCCAUUGGAUAUUGCGCUCAUCAUGACCGACAUUGAGCCUUUAUACGAUCACGAAGACUGUCCCCAAUUAGAUUUCAAAUGCAUCGAUUUCGUCUCGCUACACGGCUUCCUGGAACAGGUAGACUGGACAUGUAUCCUAGCAUGUUCUGAUGUGGACAACGCUGUGCAUAGGUUUUCACAAAUUGUAUCGAGCUGGCUCUCUUCGAACGUUCCGAAAAAGCGCCUACCCGCAAAGCCACCCUGGGGGAACGGCCAACUCCGAUCGCUAAAGCGCGAGAAGAAUGCAUGCCAGCGUCACUAUCGCCGCCUUCGAACUCCAUUGCAUAAACGCCGGUUUCAAGCUGCAAGUGAUGCGUACAAAUCGCUAAACAAGUAUUUAUACGUGCGAUAUGUCGACAAAACGCAGAAAAGUCUCCGUCGACAUCCUAAACGUUUCUGGAAUUUCAUCAACUCCAAACGCAAGCAAAAUGACGGUGUUCCUGCCACGGUUACUUUAGUCGGUGAAGUGGCAUCAACUGCCUCUGAUAAAUGCGAACUAUUUGCAAAGCAUUUUUCCAGCGUCUUCAAUGUCGAGUGCGCAACCAGUGAUGAUGCAAUGCGUGCUGCCUCCGUUGUGCCUGAAGAUCUCUGCGACAUUGGUAUACCAAUUGUGACUGAAGCUGAGCUACGGCAUGCUGCGAAGAAGAUGAAACCGUCUAUAACGCCUGGGCCUGAUGGGAUUCCUGCCAUCGUCUUCAAGAAAUGCAUUGACGCACUCGCAAUACCUUUGUGUUACAUCUUCAACCUGUCGCUGCAGAAGAAGAAGUUUCCUGCGCAGUGGAAAAAAUCCUUCAUGUUUCCAAUCUACAAAAAUGGUAACAAAAGUGAUGUUCGGAACUACAGGGGUAUUACAUCAUUGUGUGCUGGCUCCAAGCUAUUCGAGACGAUAAUCAACAACUACCUUUUUGCGCGGACAAAGACGACAAUUUCCAGCAUGGGUUCUAUCCUGGCAGGUCAGUUACGACUAAUCUUCUUUGCUUCACCUCAACCUGCAUCAACCAGCUAG